AAAUCCUACUUCUUCAAAUUCCUAUUCCCUAUUUCCAGGUAUGUGUUCAAUGUGGUUGGUAAGUCGUGGCAUCAAGCGUGCCUACGGUGUUCCGAUUGCUUGUCGCCGAUGACGGACACGUGUUUCAGUCGGGACGGGCUGAUUCUGUGCAGAAGCGAUUUUGCCAGGCGUUACGGUCAGCGUUGCGCAGGUUGUGACGGAGCACUGGAGAAGGAGGACCUAGUUCGGAAGGCUCGUGACAAGGUGUUUCACAUCCAGUGCUUCCAAUGUUCCGUCUGCCAACGGCGGUUAGACACCGGUGAACAGGUGGGCACCCUUUUGCAUGCCUUUAGAUUUAUUGAAUGCUUAGCUUCUUAG